AUGUCAAUGUCAAAGACACAAGAGGAGAGCUUUGAUCUCCAUGAAGAUGUUAUAGUGAAAAUUCUUUGUCGGUUGCCGGUCAAGUCCUUGAUCCGGUUCACUUGUGUGUCGAAACGGUGGCGUUCUAUUAUCAUUUCUGAUCCUCAAUUUGGCAAGUCUCACCUUCAACUAGCAUCACAGCAGGGCAGCCUCUGUCAAAAAGUCCUCAUCUGCAUCUACCCUACAGAUAAAACCGUAGAAGGUCGAAUUCCCAAUCGUUUUGAAGAUAACAUGCCUUGGUUUCCCUCUCGAUUUCAAUCCUUGGAAGGUUAUUCUUCAGUCAAUAAUCUCACCUUCCCGUCGGAGGAGAAGAGCCAACGAGUAAUGGCCUCGUGCAAUGGUUUGGUACUUCUCGGUGAAUCCUAUAAAAGUUAUUUUAAGAACUUGUCUAUCUGGAAUCCAUCAACUGGAUUUUUCCGCAAAAUACCUGCUCCAAGUUUUGGGGUUGAGAUGACAAAAUCAACAGAGGAGAAAAAGAACUGUAGCUUUUUAUAUCAUGGUUUUGGUCAAGUGUCAUCCACUGACGACUACAAGCUUGUUUUCACAAAACCUGCUCUCGGUGAUUUUGUUGAAGUUCAUGUGUUCUCACUCAGAGCCAACGUUUGGAAAGUUAUUAAAUCUCCCUCUUCAUUGACCGGCUGGAUUGACGGACAGGGGGCUGUUUCAAAUGGAGCGAUUCAUUGGGUCAACUAUCCAACAGGUGGGAAAAUAGAACCAACUAUGGUUGCUUUUGAUUUAGCAGAGGAGGAGUUCCGGCAAGUGCCAUUACCUGUUUUCAACCAAAAUGAAGAUGACACGCAUGUGACUUGUGUAAGAACUCACGUUCUUUUAGGAGGGUGCCUUGGUGUAUGGUCUGCGGAUCCUUAUGGGUAUAGAACAUUUUGGGUGAUGAGAGAGUAUGAUGUGCCUGAAUCUUGGGUUAAACUCAUUCAAUUGGGUCGAGAUGAUUUACCAGAUGAGUUCACUUCAUGCCCUAGCUGGGAACCUAGUUUCGUUACAGAAGGCGGUACAGUUAUGAUCAAACUGCUUGGCAAAGAACGUAGAUUUAUUACAGAAGACGGUACAGUAUAUAUGAUCAAACUGCCUGGUAAGAAUGAGUUGGUCUGGAUUGAUUGCCAUCAAGAAGAGAAUACAGUGUGCCGCGCCCAUUAUAGACUUGAGGAGGUGCCUGAGUGUACGAUAUUUGACAUAACUGUAUAUGAUGAAACUUUAGUUUCAGUACCUGAAUGA